AUGAAUUAAAUAUUCACAGAGAGAAGUGUGUAAGGCAUCAAAGUUUCUAUGGUGCCUGAAGAGGAAAUAAAAAUUGUGAAAAUUGAAAACUCUGUCAGAUCUAGAAAAGAGAGUAGAAGUUCGGCAAAAUCAUAGAAAGUGGAAUCAAAUAUAUUAAAUGAUGGGGAAAAAAAUAAAUCUUCAUUUGAAGACAGUAGAAUAACUAUGCUGUUAUUUGAGAAAUAUAAGACUGUUGAAUUAGCUAGAUUCUUUACAAUAACUGCUACUAUAACUUUAAUUGUCUUAGAAUAUGAAUAUUCAUAUAGUACUUAUUUAACAAGAACAUUAGAUGAAGAAAUGAAAUUAUUUCUUUAUUUAAUUAUGUUCUUAACCAUUCUCAGCAGUAUAUUAUUUAUAUAACAUUUAGUUAUAUUAACUUUCAUUAGUUAUCAGGUUUUAAUGGCAUAUCAAAAAGAAGCAUAAAUGAUUACUCCUUAAGCAAAUUUAUCUGAAACAUCAUUGAUUUGGGGUAUUGCUUGGGAAAUAAUUUUAUUAAUUCUAAUACCAACUCCAUAUACAUGUUAUUAAAAGGUAGAAUUUCAAUAAAGAUAUACUGACACAAUUAGAUUUUAUUUCAUAAAUGAAAUAUUAACUUUUCUAUCAAUGUUUAAAGGGUUCUUAUUGCUUAACAUUAUUUUUAAAUUCUAAAAGUAUUCAUCUUCAAGAAUAGGAAGAAUUUGUAGAUUAUAUUCAGCUGAUUUCAAUACACAUUUGAUGUUGAAAUUAUGUAUAAGAGAUAGACCAUUUGAAACAUAAUCAAUUUUAUUUGCAGGUGGAAUGUUUGUUUUUGGAUAUUCAUUAGAAGUAGCUGAACGUGCUCUUUUUAGAUUAGAAGACUCUUUAGAUCCUUCUUAUAUUGGUAAUAGAUUUUGGAUAAAUCUCAUAACUAUUUUUACUGUUGGAUAUGGUGAUUUUUUUCCAUAUACUGAUUUAGGUAGAGUGGCUAUGGCUUGUGGUGUAGUUUAUGGAGUUGUUGUUACAUCACUUUUUACAGCUACUCUAUAUAAUUUACUUACUCCUAUGAAUGGUGAAUAUUUGGCAUGGGCAUUAUUGGAAAAAGCUAAUAUCAGGAAAAUUAUUUAAAAUGUUAGUGGAAAUAUUUUAAUAAAACUUAAUGAUUUAUCUAAAAAACAUACUAAUCAAAUUAAAUCUUUAGAAGAGGCAACUUUUUUGAAAGAUUAGAUAGGGACUAUGAAUAAUCUUUUAUAAGAAGUUAGUACAUUAAAAAGGUAAUAUAGAGAUAUUGAUGGUGAAGAAUUUAUGGCUAUGGUUAAAAGAAAAUUUAAGGAUAUUAAUGGAUAAUUUGAGGAUGUUUAAGAAUUUUUAGAGAAAAUCUAAAAAUAAUAAAAACUAAUUGCUUCAACAAUAGAAAAACCUUUUGAUUUUUCUAUAAAGUAAUCAGUUAAAGUAAAGGAGAGUAGUAAAGAUGAUGAUUUCUUUGACAAUUUAAAUGAAACUAUAAAUUGUUCUCACUUAAUGCGUUUCGAAGAAGACUGACUAUUGAUAUAUAAUUUAC